AUGGAAGACUGGAGAAGAAUUGAUAUCGAUGCAUAUGAACCUGAAAAUCAUUUAUCCAAAGAAGAAUUAUUACCUAAUUUACCUGCCACCAGUUUAUCAGAGAUUCAAACUGUUUCUAAACAAGUUAGAACCUUAUUAUCCCAGGGGAAAUUCCUUGAUGCUUUGAAAUUGGGAUUACAAUAUCCUCCAUAUAUCGCUAGUGAAGAUAUUAAAAGUUUACAUACUGAAACUAUAUUUGAAAUCUUAUGUCUGAUUAAAAAUAAUCAUAAUUUAACUGAAUUAAGUUCAUUCAUUAAACAAUUAAGUUCAGAUGAACAAGAUAUCUUGGUUAAAUAUUUAUACAAGACUAUGAAUACUAGUUAUGGACAAAAACAAGGAGGGUUAAUAUUAAGUUGGUAUGAAAAAACAGUAGAAAUCACUGGUUUAGGUCCUAUAGUUAGAUUCUUAAGUGAUAGAAGAACUGUAUAG